AGUCAAAUUCCAGUUUUGCGCGGGACAAAAAAUACAGAGAGGCAUACCUUAUCCAUAAGUUCAAGACAUUGCAACUAAUAGGCAUAAACGUUUCAAAGGGAGCUUAAGAAUCUAUUCGCUAUGCUAAAUUUGAAACUAUACGCAGCAGCAGUUAUUUCUCAUUCGCUUACUUAGUGUUUUUUUGCCUGUUCCUUUUUUUAUACCAUUCUUUUGUUCUUUUAUUUAUAUAUUUAUUCCAUUUUAUCAUUAUUUCUAUUUUUUUUACAACCACCGUUUUCUACCGCUUCUUUUAUUCUCUCUUGCCGAGAGACGAUAGAAGAGGAUUCCUCCCAAUAAAGUAGCUUGUCAACAGAACACGAUCCCAUAACAAACUCCUCUUAUAUACCCCACGUGACACACUUAGCACUCAGUUACAAGAGUGAUGACAUCAAUAUCAACCACGUACGCAACAAAAAGCAGCGUUCUUUCGCUGCCAGAACGCGGUGCUGGCAUCUAUUUUUUCUCUGUUCAGAAAGAGCGCUCCUGGGGACAUCUGAGAUACCCUAGGGACUCCUUGCAAAAAAAGCGGCGACACACAGGGAAAACCGGGUCGAUGCUAGAGAAUUUCGGUACCCAGGGGUCUUCGAACAGGGUUACCACGUGUCCCCUACAGAUGGCGCCACUACAGCCGGCGCCGGCACUUUCUGUAUGUGGGUGUCGAAAGCUAAGGCAACGUGGCAGAGACCGAAGACUCUCUGGUCGUUGUGCCGCAGCCACAUCGUUGAUUUAUUACACAGUAGCGAAGUGACAAAAGCCCGAAAAUCGAUGUCAGCUGGUGAACGAGGCCCCCGUUUAAAGUGAGAGUAAAAGAAACAAGCUCGCCAAGCAGCUCCGACGUACGGCGACCGUGUUUCAACGGCGAACGUGUUUGUAAACAACGACGUAGCCGGCUGGAAUUCCCCGGCGCGGCAUUCGGCAACGCCCACUCGGCGCAUUGGAGAAAGGCGCUAACAGCGACCGCGCUGUCCCACUUCGCGCUCAUUUGGCCAGCGACAUCAUUUAAACAUCGCUGCGAGCAUCACUGUCAGGCAUUUCAAGCAUGGCGGUCGACAAGCUUGAAGAUUCCGUGCUCAAUUUUGCCGUGGACUUGUACCACCAGCUGUCGCCAAAGAACGUCCAUAAAGGGAACAUCUUUUUUUCGCCGUUCAGCAUCUCGGCUGCUCUUUCAAUGGCUCUUGGAGGCGCACGGAACAGAACUGCCAAGGAAAUGUCGGCUGUCCUUCGAGUCGACGGUGAACAGAUACAUAACCACUUUUCUGACUUCCUCUCGAAACUACCAACCUACGCUGCCGACGUGAAGCUUCAUAUCGCUAACCGAAUGUACUGCGAACAGACGUUUCCAGUCUUGGAAAGCUACCUGGCUCUUUUGCGCGACAGCUAUGGAGCUGCUAUCGAGUCCGUCGAUUUCAGGAACGACUACGAGUACAUUCGACGGCAAGUUAACGGUUGGGUCGAACGAGCCACAGAAUCCAAGAUAAGAGAUCUCCUUCCCGGAGGUAGCGUGAACGCUUUUACCACUCUUAUCCUGGUAAAUGCCAUCUACUUUAAGGGCUUCUGGGAGUCACAGUUCAAACCUGAUGCUACUCGUAGUUCCGAUUUCCACCUGGACUCCAAAAACAAGAAACCGGUUGACAUGAUGUACCGCAAGGACCGCUAUAGCAUGGCCAGAAGCGAGGAACUCGGUGUCACGGCCCUGGAGAUACCAUACCGAGGCGGCAAGACUGCCAUGGUCGUGCUUCUACCCAACGACGUCGAAGGGCUGUCCAACCUUGAGGAGCUGUUGACCGCUCCGAAGCUCGCGAAACUGCUGAAUACCCUUGGCGGCUUUGCGGACGUUGAGCUAUAUCUGCCGAAGUUCAAAUUGGAACAGACGAUCGGUCUGAAGGAAACGUUGCAAGAAAUGGGAAUCAAUGAUUUCUUUUUGCCGGAAGCCGACCUGUCUGGCAUUAGCGAGAAGAAAAAUCUGUCAGCUUCCGAUGUGGUUCACAAGGCGUUCGUAGAAGUAAAUGAAGAGGGCACCGAAGCCGCGGCUGCCACAGCAGUAAUAAUGGUAGGCAUGUCGUCUAUGAGGCCGCAGACCUACAAGUUUGUUGUGGAUCGGCCAUUUAUGUUCCUCAUUCGUAGCUGCGACCCAGAUAUCGUGCUUUUCAUGGGCUCCGUUCGCGACUUUUCUUAUUCAUGCAUUUCAUCCCUCGACAAAUUCUAUGAGGGGGACGCCGAGGUGGAACGUAUUUCAAGCAUGGCGGUCAACAAGCUUGAAGAUUCCGUCCUCAAUUUCGCCGUGGACUUGUACCACCAGCUGUCGCCAAAGGGCGUCCAUAAAGGGAACAUCUUUUUUUCGCCGUUCAGCAUCUCGGCUGCUCUUUCAAUGGCUCUUGGAGGCGCACGGAACCGAACUGCCAAGGAAAUGUCGGCUGUCCUUCGAGUCGACGGUGAACAGAUACAUAACCACUUUUCUGACUUCCUCUCGAAACUACCAACCUACGCUGCCGACGUGAAGCUCCAUAUCGCCAACCGAAUGUACUGCGAACAGGCGUUUCCAGUCUUGGAGAGCUACGUCGCCCUUUUGCGCGACAGCUAUGGAGCUGCUAUCGAGUCCGUCGAUUUCAGGAACGACUACGAGAACAUUCGAAGGCAAGUCAACGCCUGGGUUGAACGAGCCACAGAAUCCAAGAUAAGAGAUCUCCUUCCCGGAGGUAGCGUGCACGCUUUUACCUCUCUUAUCCUGAUAAACGCCGUCUACUUUAAGGGCUUCUGGGAGUCACAGUUCAACCCUGAGGCUACUCGUAGUUCAGAUUUCCACCUGGACUCCAAAAGCAAAAAACUGGUUGACAUGAUGUACCACGAGGACCGUUAUAGCAUGGCCAGCAAUGAGGAACUCGGUGUCACGGCCCUGGAGAUACCAUACCGAGGCGGCAAGACUUCCAUGGUAGUGCUUCUACCCAACGACAUUGAAGGACUGUCCAACCUUGAGGAGCUGUUGACCGCUCCGAAGCUCGCGAAACUGCUGAACAAUCUUGGUGGCUUUGUGGACGUUCAGCUAUAUCUGCCAAAGUUCAAAUUGGAACAGGCCAUCGGUCUGAAGGAAACGCUGCAAAAAAUGGGAAUCAAGGAUUUCUUCUCCUCGGAAUCCGACCUGUCCGGCAUUAGCGAGAAGGAAAAUCUGUCAGUUUCCGAUGUGGUGCACAAGGCGUUCGUAGAAGUAAAUGAAGAGGGCACCGAAGCCGCGGCUGCCACAGCAGUAAUUAUAUUAGACUGUUGCAUGUCCUCUAUACCGCCACAGACCUACAAGUUCGUUGUGGAUCGGCCAUUUAUUUUCCUAAUUCGUAGCUGCAACCCAAAUCUCGUGCUCUUCAUGGGCUCCGUUCGCGACUUGUAAGUGAAACGCAUAAAGGGCUUUGCUUCGUUGUUGAUCAUUUUUAUCGAUGUUACAAAUUGCUUGCCAAGUGAUUAUUCCAGGGCAUAGGAAAUAUUGCAGAAAAAAUAAAUGUUGCAAUAAACCGUGUUACGUUGCUGAAA